AUGAUGUCCCAAAGCUUGCCAAAAAUCAAUGGCGAGGUCCCUGCAUUCCGUGGCCUCACAGCCAGAAGCAUCCCAGAAAACCCCGACGUGCAACGAGAGACCCUGCGUUUAUUGCUUCAAUUCUCAGCUAGCUCAAAAUCCAAAAGCCUGGAACCAAAAUCUUCUCCUAAACCUCAAGUAGAAGAUAUACGGGGACACGGAGCCCCUCAGAGCGAAUAUCAACAGAGCCACAAAUCUACUGUUCUCCCAGCUCGUGCAUCAAAAAGCUCAAUCGCAUCCCACUACAAGGCCGUGUCUGCUCAAAAUGGGACCCCAUUCGCUUCUUCCCAUGCGCCGGUCGUCCCUUCUUUAAGGAUCUCACAAGACCGGGACAGUCGCGAAAUGCGUUCUAAAUUAAGAAAACAAGCCGCAAUCACAAACGUGAAAAAUGAUGUUUUGGGACCUCCCUCCGGAUCACUGCCUCUCCCCGAUAUCUUCCAUAAUGCGUCGCCAGACUCAACGACAUCCCUCUCAAGAUCGGCCUCCCCGAUGGAUCAACCCUCUGUCCGUCGUUCCAAUCGUGCUAGGGCUCAACCCGCAAACUACUACACUCGUAUUAGAAUUGGGUCCGAAGAGCGAUCUGAGAUCGAUCUCGACUCGUCAAGGCAAAUUGAUACGUGCUCAACGCUACCUCCACAACAGCCGAGUCGCAGUGUACCACAUCGCAGGAAUACCCAAAAACUUCUUUUUGGCCGUGAACUUGGUAGACAAUAUCCUGUUGAUAUUGACAUGAUAUCGGAUUUGAAGUACUGGAAGUCUUGGAACGGGGCCUCCAAAGAUCUUCUGGUGCUAGCCUGGUCUCCCGAUGGCACCCAAUUCGCAGCAGGAUCUGCUGCAGAUGUCGACGAACAUAACAUGCAGUACAACAAAAGAAAUAAUCUAGUCUUUGGGAAUCUUCAAACCAGCUGUUUGAAGGAACUGCCGGACCAUUGCAUCCCCCGCCCCACGUACUCUGCUGUGAAUGAUCCAUAUCUGUUUAUGAGCGUCACUGCUAUGCAAUGGGUAGGAAACAAACUAUUCACAGCUAGCUGGGAUAAGACAGUCAAAAUUUGGGACACUUCACGCCAAACGACUCCAUGUGUCCAGACUUUACAACAUGACUCUCGAGUUGAAGCCAUGUCUGUCUCAAAAAUCGAUCCUGGCAUUCUGGCAACGGGAACGAAAUCAAUCCAAAUUUGGGAUACCAGAGAUUCUACAAAGGUCACGUCGACUGUGCUCCCCUUUGAUCGGGAUUCUCGAUACAAAGCAGAUGAAAAUUUCACAUCAACCGUCUUAGCUUGGGGACAGACCCCGUCUACAAAUCAAUUUUUAGCUGGAGGCAUGGCUGAUCUUAGCGAGGAAGUGGGCUACAAGGGACACUUGGGCUUAUGGCAAGCUCGCGAAUCAGGAUUUGAGCCUCUCCGAACAUCAAACUCACAAAAUGUCUUUGACAUCAAGUGGCAUUCAUCAUUGCCGCAAUUUGCGACGGCUAGCCCUGAAAGUGCACACAGUGCACGUAUGAAAGGAAUUGGAUCUAAUAUCAAGUCCAUUGUGCGCGUCUUUAGCCUGAAUUGUGAUUUUUCAAAGCGUGUGCCAGCUGUGAUGGAAUUUUCCUGUCCGGCGCUCGACAUUAAUGAGGUGACCUUUUGUCCGACAGAUGCGACUAGCACUUAUGUCACGGCUAGCUGCACAGAUGGUGUCACAUAUGUCUGGGACAAUCGAAAGGGCGAUCAAAUUCUUCAUCAGCUCCGCCAUGGAGAGCCCGCUGUUCCCAUUGAUCAUGAAAGAAAUCGAGAUUUAGCGGACGUUGGGGUUAGGGUCGCGUUAUGGGGUGCUUCGGUGGAUCAAUUCUACACUGGUGCCUCGGACGGUGUGCUUAAACGAUGGGAUAUUCGUCGCUCACCUGAUGAUGUUCUCCUGGAAAAUACUGCCUCUUUCGACACAGGGAUUAUGUGCGCUGAAUUCUCCCAUGACAAAUCUCACCUUCUCGUUGGAGAUUCUGGGACAGGGGUUCAUGUACUGUCAUCGGGGCCCUGUGGAAACCCUGAAAACACCAGUUUCAAAUUUGAGACUGCCCCAGAACCUCUGGAGGAACAAGUCGACGGUAUCGAAGUUGCUAACUCUCUUGUAUCAUCUGGCCAACUUGUACGACAUGGAAUCUUUGGUGUAGGCCAAGGUCCUGCCUACGUUGGACCUUUCGCCUCGUGGGCCCGCCAGGUUGAAACAAACACACCUCAUACUCAACUGGGGAAUAUUCCUUUGCUCCAACACUACCAGGACCAACAACUUGAUGGUCCGCCAGUUCAGGACCGCCCUACCCUUGAUGAAAAUCAACGCCGGGAUGUCCUGAACCAAAUCAAGAAUGCCCAGGUUCGAAAUGGUAGAUGUACUUCUUCUAUUCCAGUCCACAUCCGCGCCGACAACUCUGCCGAUCGUCAUUAUCAGGCAAGCUCCUCACCUGCAUCUUUACUGAAUCUUUCUAUGUCAAGUAAGAGAAAGAGAAGUCAUAAGAAAGAUCGUGGCCAUCGCAGAAAGAAGAAGAAAUCUAUCUUGGAAAUGUUGGUCACAAAAAACAAUGAGAGCGUUGAUUUGACUGGUGACUCAGAUGAUGAUGAUGAUGAUGAUGAUACAACCAGCCAUACCUCGAAUUCGAGUCCCUUGGGGCCACCAUGUACAUUCAACCUCGUCGAACUCCAAGAGGCACUUGAAGAAGAUUAUUGGUGGCCGGGCAGUGGGACUUACAACCCUAAUAUUCAACAGGAGACAGUCUAA